CACUCUAGCAGCUCAGCAAAGAGAAACCGCUUUCCCUCAUUUUCCCUCAUUUUCCCUCACUAUCCUGAGAAAAAGACAAAAGCUUUAAACUGGUAGCAUCCCCAAAACCAAAAGGGUUCCCGAAAGUUUCAGACUUUCACUCUCCAAAAUGAACUGUUCAGUUUGGAUGGAAGGCAAGGAGGAGGAAGACUCUGCCUCAUGGAACAGAACCAACAACAACAAAGAGGAAAUGGGUUCUCUCUCUACCUUCAAAUCGAUGCUUGCUGUAGAAGAUGAUUGGUACAUGGGGAAUGGUGGGAUUCAGAAUCAUCAGGACAUGAGGGAUAUCUCGUUUUCACCCAAUUUUGGUGAUCCGGAGAAUUUGUUGAUGCAUUCUAUGGAUUCUUCCUCUUCCUGUUCUCCUUCCGCUUCUGUUUUCAACAAUCUUGACCCAUCUCAGGUACAGUACUUUUUGCCUCCUAAGCCUGCUUUGUCUUCAAUCCUUAAUGUUGUCUCUAAUAAUCCUUUGGAGCAUGGGUUUGAUUUGGGGGGAAUUGGGUUCCUUGAGAACCAAGCAACAAAUGCCUCUAGUUUGUUGAACAGGGAAAGUACUGGAGUUUUGAGCAGCUUCCCUGAUUUUAGUCAUGGUAAUCAGAUUAGCACCGUUAAUCCUUGUUCUGAAGCUCAAUUUUCAACUAGCCGUAUGCUUCAACUGCCGGAGAGCUGUCCCGGCGGGUACACUGGUUUCCGGGGUUUUGAUGAGAGUUCUGGAACUGCUAUGUUCUUGAACAGGUCAAAGUUGUUAAGGCCCCUGGAAACUUUACCUUCUAUGGGGGCACAGCCUACUCUCUUUCAAAAAAGAGUGGCUUUGAGGAAGAAUUCAGCUGAAAAUGGAGGCAAUUUAGGGGCCUUAGGCGGAGGAAGUGUUGUUAAUCAGGGUUUGAGUGGGAUUGAGGUGCAUAAAGGAAAGAAAGAAAUGGGCGAAGAAAAUGACAAGAGGAGGAAAAUUAGCAGUGGAGAUGAUUUUGAAGAUGUGAGCCUUGAUGGGUCAGGUUUUAAUUAUGAUUCAGAUGAGUUCACAGAGAACACUAAGGCGGAAGAAACCACUAAAAAUGGUGGAAACAGCUCAAAUGCCAAUAGUACUGUCACUGCUGGAGAUCAGAAAGGGAAGAAGAAGGGGCUUCCUGCUAAAAAUUUGAUGGCUGAGAGACGCCGCCGAAAGAAGCUCAAUGAUAGGCUGUACAUGCUGCGUUCUGUUGUUCCAAAGAUCAGCAAAAUGGAUAGAGCUUCAAUUCUUGGGGAUGCAAUUGAAUACCUAAUGGAACUUCGUCAAAGAAUUAAUGAUCUUCGUAAUGAACUAGAAUCAAACCCUUCUAGUGCUGCAUUAACACCGACGACAAGCUUCCAUCCUCUAACGCCAACUCUACCUACAUUGCCGAGUCGUAUCAAGGAUGAACUUUGCCCCAGCUCAUUACCGAGCCCAAACGGGCAGCCUGCGAAAGUUGAAGUAAGGAUGAGGGAAGGAAGAGCUGUAGACAUCCACAUGUUUUGUGGCCGCAGACCAGGUCUUUUGCUCUCCACAAUGAGGGCUUUAGACAACCUUGGACUAGAUAUCCAGCAAGCUGUCAUUAGCUGUUUCAACGGUUUUGCAAUGGAUAUCUUCCGAGCUGAGCAAUGCAAGGAAGGCCAGGACAUCCAUCCUGAGCAAGUUAAAGCAGUACUUUUGGAAUCAGCUGGCUUCCAUGGCAUGAUAUAAACCAAUCCAGGAACACAAAAAAUCCAAGCAACCGCAUCCUGUUUCUUCAAGCCAAAUUGUGCUGCCCUUAAAUUACAAAAAAUUGUUGGUGCCGUUUGAAAGUCUUGUAGCUCAGCUUGCACUGUGGGGAAUUCACCUUCUAAACUUUUAUUAUGUAAUCUUAGUCUUUCUUUCAUCGGUUAAAUAUAUGAUCUUUAUUAGCGUUGUAAGUUUACAUUUUUGAACUUUGGUUAUCAUGAACAUGAACUAGAUCCUGAUGCCAAGAUAUCAUUGAUGCCGGUGUGGUUAUUGCCACCCUCAACAUUGUUA